GCGGAACCUUUCACCGCUCUGAGAAACAGGAAAUGCGUUCAAUUUGCGUCGCACGAUCCGGAAGUUGGCUCCUGGAGUCACAUUGAAGAUUGAAACUCCGGUCACAGUAAUAUAAGGACCAGUUACCAGCCAAUCCAUUCCUGAUGACCGUGAUUCGAUGAUCAUUAACAAUGUUUGCCUCAAAGGUUGUCCCUCGUCUCGGCUUAUUACACAGAGCAUCUUGUGCACUUCAAGCUCAUCGAGAAAUUUUGAACGGAUGUCUACAGCCGAUAGUUCCUGCUUACUACGCUUCACUACCACAGAAACUUAGAAACUACUCAACAGCUGCAGACAACACAUCUCCUCCACGAUGGAUCCAACUUGAGCCAGAACUGGAUGAGGCUUUAGUGCCACGUAAGCUGUCAGUAAGUCCUCUGGAGAGCUGGCUCUCCCUGCGCUACUCCCUUCCUCCCCUGCUGGAGUCUGCUCAGGCACAGGAAGACACAGAGCUCCUAGAAGAGAAGGUGCUGCCACCCCUCUCUGUUCCUGUUUUGGAAGAUGGGGAGGGCUCAGCAACACCCCUCCAAUGUAAAAAUGUUCUAGAGAUCCGUCGGCGGAAGAUGAAUCGACAUAAAUAUAGGAAGCUGCAAAAACGGACUAAAUUCUUGAGAAAGAGAGUCAUGAUGGGCAGGGGGAAGAAGAAGCAGAAACGGUUUGAGGCCGAUCUGAAGAGGAUUUGGAAACGAGCAGGACUGAAGAAGGCUCCAGAAGGAUGGAAAACACCUAAGCUUUUCCUCAAACAGCAUGGGAACAAGUGAAAACCUGUGAUUCGAGUUUGUGUCACAUCCUUCACACUGGUUGGCUCUGCACACCACACUUCACUGUUAUGGUUAUGGCUGCCAGCGUUCUCUGUUUUCUGUUUAACAAAAGCGUGCUUCAGUGAUGAGGCCAUAUUCCCAGUGUGUGGAGUUAUUUCUAGUGUGUAAAUAAGAUAAUAAAGAUCUCUCUGCCAACUCCCAAA